AUGAACUCCGCGCUCUUUCACUCGGCGAGACCGGGAGACAUCCGAUCUGGCCGAACAGCCGGAGGGUUGGGCGGGGGAGGAGGGGGCAACAGCGGUCGUGUUGGAAUGCGAGAAGCGGCGGCGCUCGCGAAGGAGAUGGGCUUUGGGCAAGAUUUCGGUCCACAGGCUGCAAACAUGUGGAAAAUGCUUGACGACCUCGCCGUCACCGACAGCGCUGCGUAUGCAGAAAUGGCCAAAGCUGGUGCACACGCACUGCGUAAGCCGAAGGGAAAGUUCUUCACCCCCAUUCCGGGUUUCGUGGUCAAAGCAUCGCUGCAACGCCCAUGGGCCCCUCUGCCAAGUGCCGUCGAUGGCGGCGUCGGCGGCGGCACGGGCAAGGUUGUGGAAAACGCCGCGGUUGGCACCAAGGUGUUCAUCAACCUCUGCGAGCAUGAAGGAGUGUCGCCCCCGAUCGACCAGACCGAUAGCCCCGUCGACGUGACGAAGGAGGGUCGGAACGCGUCGGGACUACGGAUUCCGAUGUUCGUGAGCCGCGUGAGGGAGACCACCGACCACAGCGACGAGAGAGCGCUCGCCGUGGACGUGGUUUUUCACCCGUGGGUGCUUCGCUGCAGCAAGGGGGAGCCUCGAUUCCGGGAUCAGGUCGUCGCACUUGCGGCAGGCUGGAUAACCAAGGAACACCCCGGCUUGGUGGUCUCCCAGCGGCGGAAGCUACUCAAGCUCUGCACCUACAAGGGCGGGGACGGAGCCAAAGGGGGAACGCCUGUCCCGUUUCCCGCGGGCGAUGCCUCCUCACAAGCCGAUCCCCUGGAAGAACGGACGCGCGGGAGUGGCGGUGGACCAGCUGCCGGAGUUGGCGGCAGCAGCGGCGCAGGCGGCGGUGGGCUCCUCGAUGACCCGAAGUCCCUCCUGGCGGCCAUCAGGAGCUCCGAGCCCGAUGGCGAGUCAGGGGUUGGCGGAAAUGGCGACAGCAAAGAAGGAAAACAGGAGGUGGCGACAGCGUCAACCGUUGACGGGGGCCCGACAGGACGAGGAGAGGGAGAUGGAAUACCGGGGGCACUCGGCCUCAACGCCCACGGCGGCUACAGGAAAGGAGGCGGAAACAGGAACGCCUCGGCCACGCGCGACAUCUUACUCCCCGGAGCGCUCGCGGGACUAGCGUCCGAUAGCGGCGACAGAAAAAGGACAGAAAACGGCCUGAAUGAGGGUCGCCGCGGCCCUCUAAUUUCCGAAAUCGUACCCGACACCUCGACGACGACAGCACGUGCUGGUGAUGGAGGAGAGGCACUGCGCCAGGUUAGUGAUGAUUCCAGGGCAGUCGAUGGAUGUCAGGGUCAGGAGCCGGGUGUGGAGCGGAAGGUUGGCAAAAAAUCGGCGCCCGUAGUAAAGAAGGGUUUCCUGUCGUCUUUCAAGGUAGGGGGGAAGGCGGGGCUGGAGAGGGCGCCGCUUUACCCGCCCGGUGGGUCCGAGAACGGAGCCGAGCCGUCGGCCUACGCGAAGCUCAUGAGCCGCUGCAAGGUGGUGGACACCAGAGACCACAGCAAAGAGGAGAUGGACGCGGCGAUGAAGGCCCACGCUGGCGGUGGUGCACCGCUUCGGCCUGCUUCGCAGACCCCCGAACCGAAGCCUUCCCCUACACCUACCGCCGGGCGCGCCGGACGCAAGCCGGCGGCAUCUGCGGCCGUGAAGAAGGGGUUUCUCGGAGCGGGCGUUGGCCGUGGUAGGAUCAAGGGCGAGGAGGGGGGAGGGAGGGGUGAUGCACGCGGUCGAUCAAGCAAGGUGGAUCGUGAAUACGAGCGUCUCGUGGCGCUCGCCGAUCCCGAGAUGGGCGACGGCACAGGUGGCAAGCCUUCACACGGCGGAGAAGAAGACCCCAUGACGGAGCAGCUCGCACAGCUAGCCAAGAUCCUCGGGCCCGCGGCACCUCUGCCAGAAACGCCCUUCGGCCCUGGAUGCGCUACUGCUUCCUCCUCCUCUUCGUCAACUCGGCCGUCAACAUCGGUGGCCGUACCAAAGGCGUCCAACCUGGCGGCAGACGCCACCGGGGAUACGUUACCGCCCUCCCGCAGCGCUAAGCGGUCAGAGGGAGGGGCUGACGGCGGCGCCGAUGGUUCUUGUGCAGCGCGAAACAAGCUUCCUACGUCAGCCCCCAAUCAGGGUUCAGAGGAGGGGCGUCAAGCAAUACUCGCAAGGGAAGCGGUAGCACCGGUGACGACGGCACCUACGACGGAGAUGGAGGGGCAACCACCCCUACCGGCACCAGCCCCCACAAAUACAGUUUCCCCGGCCGGUGUCGAGGAUGCCGAGGGCUCCCGCUCGUGCCGCCACACCCAACCGCUCUCGCCUGCUGUCUCUGCCGCUGCACUAAAGGAACGCGAGCCGGUAUACCGGAUCGAAGAGCUAGUUUCACGUACGUCGGAAGACGCACGUUCAGGGUCAGACAAUGGCGGUGGAGGGCGCAAAGCGAAGCGGGCCUUCCAGGUAACCAUCGACCUGCCGGAGAUGAAGGAGUCCGCGGGAACGAAACAGGGAAAACAGGCGGGGGGAACUACAAGCACCCGGAGCAGCGGAACGGCGGGAAAGAGGACGGGACCGUCCUUGUCGGAUGUAGAGCUUGAUGUUUCGCCGGCCUUCCUCCAGCUAAAUGUCCCGGGGAAGUACCAGCUCCGGCUGGAGAUGCCGUGCGUUGUGGAUGAAGACAGCGUGACCGCCAAGUUUAGCAAGUCGCAGGCGGUGUUGAAGGUUUCGAUCAGAGAAAAGUAA